UCAACUUGUUUAUAUUGUACAUAGUCCAUUAGUCUUCAUUAUUCUUUAAUUCUGCUUGGUAGUUUAUAUUUUUUCCACAUGUAUCACAAGUAAAGGGUUUAUCCCCUGUGUGGAUUCUCAUGUGACUGUGUAAAUAUGACUUGGAUACUAAUCUUUUUCCACAUGCAUCACAAGCAAACAGUUAACAUAAACAUAUUCAUAAGAUUUUUUUCUCUAGUUUUAAUCAUCUUUGUAACAUAGUCGAGUUAAAGUUGUUCAUAAUGCAUGUAAUGUGUUUUAAUGAUGUCUGCAGAUGUUAAAGAAGAGGCUCCUGAAGAACAGAGUCCUGAUAUGGACCAGCAGGAGCUGGAGCUCCAUCACAUAAAGGAGGAAAGUGAAAGAAUCUGGGCCAGCCAGGAUGGAGAACAACUGAAUGUGAAGGAGGAGACUGAUGAUACCAGGUUUCCAGUAACUGUUGUUCAUAUGAAGAGUGAAGAGGAUGAAGAGAAACCUCUGCUCUCUCAGCUUCAUCAACACCAAACAGAAGACAGAAAUCUGACAAGCAGCAUCUCAACUGACCAGAUAAAAGCAGAAAUUAAAGUAGAGGACUGUGGGACAGCAGAAUCCAGCAGGAACCCAGAUCUAAAUACUGAUGGAGGCUCUUCCAACUAUUCUGAGGCUGAAGAUAGUGAAGAUGAUGAAGAGGAUGAUGAUAUGAAGCAUCAUGAAUCUGAGCUUAAACGCUUGUCAGACUCUGAAACUGAAGACAGUGAGGAUGAUUGGAAGGAGAGCAGGACUCCAGGGUCAGGCAGAAAUAUUGUCAACAAGUCUUUGAGCUGCUCUGAGUGUGGAGGAAAAUUUGCUAACAGACGCUCUCUUCAGAGUCACAUGACAUGUCAUCCAAGAUUAACGUCUUCAGAUUGUUCUGGUAAUGAGACGUGUUUCAGAGAGAAGAAAAAUAUAGAUUCACUGACAAAAAUCCAAACAGAUAGUAAACAUUUUAAUUGUGGUGAGUGUGGUAAAAGGUUUAACAGGAAUCGAUAUCUUAACAGACACAAAAAAAUCCACACAAGGGGGAAACCCUUUGCUUGUAAUGCAUGUGGAAAAAGAUUUUCCCAGAAGUCAAAUUUAGGCACACACAUGAGAAUCCACACAGGAGAUAAACCCUUUGCUUGUGAUACAUGUGGAAAAAGAUUUGUCUCCAAGUCAUAUUUAAACGGUCACAUGAGAAUCCACACAGGAGACAAACCCUUUGCUUGUGAUACAUGUGGAAAAAGAUUAGUCUCCAAGUCAAAUUUAAACAAACACAUGAGAAUCCACACAGGAGACAAACCUUUUGCUUGUGAUACAUGUGGAAAAAGAUUAGUCUCCAAGUCAAAUUUAAACAUACACAUGAGAAUUCACACAGAAGACAAACCCUUUGCUUGUGAUGCAUGUGGAAAAAGAUUUGUCUCCAAGUCAUAUUUAAACAGUCACAUGAGAAUCCACACAGGAGAUAAACCCUUUGCUUGUGGUGCAUGUGGAAAAAGAUUUUCACAGAAGUCAAAUUUGGGCACACACAUGAGAAUCCACACAGAAGACAAACUGUUUGCUUGUGAUGCAUGUGGAAAAAGAUUAGUCUCCAAGUCAUAUUUACACAGUCACAUGAGAAUCCACACAGGGGAUAAACCCUUUACUUGUGAUACAUGUGGAAAAAGAUUUUCACAGAAGUCAAAUUUGGGCACACACAUGAGAAUCCACACAGGAGACAAACGCUUUGCUUGUGAUACAUGUGGAAAACAGUUUUCCCAGAAGUUAAAUUUAAACAAACACAUGAAAAUCCAUACAGGACAGAAACCUUUUGGUUAAGAUGUUUGCAAUACCUUUUUUAGCUUCAAAUCACAAUUGAACAAGAAUCAAAAUGAUUGCCAGGCCACCAUUCAGCCAAGGGUUUUAACAGAUUUUAAUGAGAGUUUUUAAUCACACAUAGCUUGGUUCUAUGGAUUAUGGAUUUUUUAACAAGUACAGGUCCUUCUCAAAAUAUUAGCAUAUUGUGAUAAAGUUCAUUAUUUUCCAUAAUGUCAUGAUGAAAAUUUAACAUUCAU